GCUUUAAUCCAGCCGAAGCAGCCUUUUUUUUAUACUAGUAAAACUAUAGGCUGUACUACUCGUUUCCAAUGUGGGACUGCUGGUUAUCUUUCAUUCCUCAUAGUUUUAGUUGUAACAGUCCAACUUGCACAAACUUCACCUCAAGAAUUAAGAGGCCAUUCUUCCUCUUCUUCCAAGCACAGACUAACAGCUUCAUACUCUCUUAUUCUUUUCCCAACAACUCUACCUAUCCGUAAAACUUUAUUCACUUUUCACAUAACCCACAACUUCUAACCCAUCAAUCUGUUCCAGUCCCAGAAAACAAAUAAAAGACUUCACAGGGUUUAGGGUUCAUUGCGAAGAAGAUGAGUGGGGCAGGAAAGCCGGACUUUUUCUACAGAGAAGCUCAGCGCCUGGGUUAUGUAGCUCGCUCCGCCUUCAAGCUGCUUCAGAUACAGAAGCAGUACAAGCUCAUAAUACCAGGCUCCUCUGUUCUGGACCUUGGUUGUGCUCCUGGUGCUUGGCUUCAGGUGGCUUGUCAGAGCUUGGGUCCUAUCAAAAAUGGUGGUCUUGUUGUUGGGAUUGAUCUCAAGAAGGUGAAGGUUCCAGCUAUGCAUUGUGAUUCAAGGGUUCAAACUCUGUGUGCUGAUGUUAUGAAGCUCCCUAAAACCUCAGUCAGGGAACUUUCUCCACAGAAGGGGUUUUCUGUAAUACUCUCAGAUAUGUGUCCCCUCGUUUCUGGGAUAGCAAGUAAAGAUGCAGCUUUAUCCCUCGAGUUAGGCAUGCAAGCACUGGAUUUGGCUGUAGGUGAAGCAGCAUUAGCUAAUCCCAACAAUGUCACUCAAGUGGAAGAAAGUCUUGUUGGAGCAACUACGAGUUCAGAUGUUAAUGGUGUAUUGAAAAGGGGUGGUCAUCUUGUCAUAAAGCUUUUAGAGAGUGAAGAUGUGCAAGAUUUCAACCGCAUUUGCAAACCACUGUUUAGAAAGGCAUCAUUGUUGAGGCCUAAAGCUACAAGAUCAUCAUCAAGAGAGAUUUAUUUGAUAUGUCAAGGUCUGCAGUCACAAGCAAGAACAUAGGAGCGAGAAUGUACCCCAAUUGCAAGUGGCAACAGAUUGAACCAGAUCGAUGUAGCAGGAAAUUUCAGUUAUCUGCAAUCAUUUAUUUCACAAAUUGUAGUCUUGAGUCUCAAAUCAUGGUUUGUUUGUUCAUUAAGCUGGUCAACUUCAGCUAUUCUUGUAAAGUUUUUACCCAAAUUAGAUAUGUUACUCAAGAAUGCAUGGCCAUUAUGGUUUUGACUAA